CCGAUACCUAACUCACCUUAUAUCCGAAGAGCUCUCAUUCAAACACCACCUGCUGUCAUGUAGUGUAAUCCGUGCACUACACAUAGCGAAGUUAUUGCCUCUUUCGAUCUGGAGUUACCUAGGUAUUCUUAAAGAGCCUCCGCUCAUUUGAGGUUGGCUAUCGCUUCAUUUCUUUUUCAUUUAAGUCACGUUCUCUUCCCCCUCUUCCCCCUCUUCGCACAUCGUUUUGCAAGCAUAGAUAGACCGAUAGCGUUAGACGACAUGGUGCUCCGCAAGUUCGAGUUAGAAACCAAGCUCAAGGACGACGCUCAGUUGAUCCGCUCGGGCGUGCUCCGCAACGAUCACCCCCUGGAUUUGUCACCCGAGUUCCAUGACUUCUUGCAGGCCUGUCGCCGCGGCGACUUGAAACGCUGCCAGGAGCUGAUCUCAGCCGGCGUCAACAUCAACGCCAAGGACCAGUUUGACUACACGCCCCUAGUUGUUGCUAGUUUAUGUGGUCACUAUGAGCUGGUGCAGCUGCUCUUGGAAUCAGGAGCACUAGCCGACCCCGACUCAUUCGAGCGGGAGCGAGCCGUCUACAACGCACUCAACAACAAGAUUAGGAAUCUUCUUGUGUCGUACGACUAUUCCAAGACGGCAGACCCGCUGCAGCCAUGGUCGUCCCAUAUUACGUCGCUGCUAGUCCGCAACACGCCCGCGACCUCCGACAUCACCCUUUCAGCCUCGGCAGAGAACUUCCGCCUGCAUAAGUUUAUUCUCUCAGCCCGCUCGCCAUACUUCAUGCGCAAAUUUGCGGAAGCGCCCGAGACGCAGACGUGGAAAUUGUCUCCUGCAAUUCCGGUCGAGGCCUUCCGGGUCGUGCUGCGCUACCUCUACCUGGGCGAUCUCCCCCGUGAUCUUGUCGGUCCUAACAGCGCGGCCACCGAGGAGGAGGUUUUCAAGGGCAUCGACAGGCUGUGCAAGCAGCUGGAGCUAGAAAGGCUGUGGGAGGCUGUGCUGUCCAUCAACGAUCGUAGACUAGCACGGCAGCGGCAGCAGGACGAAGUCCAACGGGCCCAGGCCCAGGUCGAGGCUCUCUUCCACAACACGGUGCUCAAGCACAAGAUCGUAGUUGACACGCGCAAGGCCGGCGACGUCAAGUGGCCUCACCACAACGCCAUCUUUGCCGACUGCAUCCUGCGAGCAGACGAGCAAUCAGAUCAGGAGGACGACACGGAUGCUGAAGACCUCUCCAACGGCAGUGCGAUCCCCGUAGGCCCGAUAGCCACCUCGCAACCCGACAAGGCCCGGAAACCACCGCGUCGGUCGGUUCUCUUUCCCGUCCACAAGCCGUUUCUGAUCCGCAGCCCGUACUUCGAAACCAUGUUCUCUUCCGACUUCCUGGAAGCCCAAGAGCGAGACCACCUGCACAUCAUCAAAGUGGACUGCAGCCCCCAAGUGCUCGAGAUCAUCCUCCGCUUCCUCUACACCGAAAAGGCCGACUGCCCCCUCGAACACGCGCUCGACCUGCUCUACGCGGCCGACAUGCUGCUGCUCGAGAAGCUAAAGACCAAAGCCGCCAUCACCAUCUCGACGCUCGGCAGCGGCACCAGCAACGCGCUCGUCGACCGCACCCACAACAGCCACCCCAACGCGUCUGGCGGCUCCAACGCAGGCCAGCCCCUCCCCUCCUCCACAAACGACGACGACGAACAGCCAAGAGACGGCGGCAGCGCCGAUGCAGACGCAGUAGAAGUCGAGCCCAUCAACGUCUACGACGUGAUCCACGCGGCCUGGGACCUCAAGGUGCAGCGGCUGGAGGAGUUCGCGGCGCGCUACCUGGCCGGCCGGCUGGAGGACUACAUCGACGAGGACGAGUUCGCUGAGCUGAUCCGGGAGAGCGCGGCGCGGCUGCGCGAGCGCCAGGAGACCGACACCAUCGAGCUGCUGGACGACAUCCGCUACUACCUCUCCGAGCGGUUCCGGCUCCGGUUCGAGGGCGAGGGCCUCGAGGAGAUGCUGGACGAGGGCGCGGAUGCCGUGGUGGCUGGUGAGGGAGGAGGGGAAGGGCAACCGGUUGGGAAGAACGGAGAGGACGUCAAGGUAGGUGAGGUGGGCGGAAAUGGAGGAAGGGGUGGGGGUGGUGUGAGGACGCUGAAUGGGGAGGUGGUCGAGGACGAGUUCGCGUCCGAUGCGGUGAACUAUCAGAUCUUGCUAGAGAAGAUCGAUAGGAUGCUGGAGAAGCUGAAGCUGGAUGCAUGAAGCAAUCUAAGAGGGGAUCUUCAGGUGACAAGCAUCACACGCAUUGGAUGUCAUAGUUGAAUAUGCAUACCUAUAUACCUUACGAAUAAAUUUAUUUAUAGGAAAAAAAAAUAAAAAAAUAAAAAAAAUAAAAAAAUA